GUCACUGUCAAACACCGAAUGACUUUAUUUAGUUAAGAUGGAAUAAGAGAGAUAUUCAAAAUUAAAAUGGGUAGUGUACACGAUGCCAGACAUUACAAAGAAAUACAAAAACCUGUUUAAAAAUGUCCUAACUAGCAAACUGUUUUGUUGUAUCUAUCAACACUUUCAAACGGACGAAAACGAUGAAUUUAGUGAGCCUGAAAAUGAAGGUGAAGAAUUAGAAAAUAAAACAAUAAAGAAUAAUGAAGAAUUUAAUGCAAUACAAACUUCAGAAAAUAUUGAAGUUAAUAAUAACAGAAAUCAUCAAGUUAUUUGUAUGGUUUCAAGAUCAAAAUCUUUAUCAGUGCUAGACUCAAAAAGAUCUACGAUUUUAAACCAAGAACACCCAUCAAAUUUAUCAGAUCUAGUGUUACCUUUAGGUCAUUUUAUACCUGUACGCGACAAGGUUCAGAAAGAUCAAAGCAUUCAGUAUGAACCUACAGGAUUUAAUCUAAAAUUUAACUUGUCCUCCUUUGAUUUAUCAAUGUUCAAGCUCGAUCUUCUGCGGAAAUUAAGAGAGCUGAAAGGUGAUAUUAUUAUUUUGAAAACUUUACUGAAACAGGCUGACAUAUAUCCUGAAAGGUUAGUUGUAAGGCAGAGUAUUCUUCCGAGACAAGAUGAUGAUUUUGAGAGGAAAUUCUACGAGGCUAAGAAUAGAGCGGUAAAUUUUGUAAAAUUUUACAAACUAGGGAAAAGACAGCCAAGAAAAAGUCGAUCGGUUAUAGUCAGAUAAAAAGUAUUGUUAUAACCUUAGGUUGUAUAACCAAAGAAUGAAUUACAGAUCUUGGCAUUA